CUCCGAGGGUCGGCUGAGCUUUUCGCGUCCUUUUUGCACUGAUCGUCGUCUCGUGCGCGUGUCCUGCUGGCAUACGGCAAAAACUGGUGGCACCAAUCGUCAUGCCGAAAUACACGGAGGAAGAUCUGGGCAGAGCGAAGAAGCUCGUCGCGGAUGGAUUCACCGUCUACAAGGCAGCCAAGGACACCGGCGUGCCGUACGAGACGCUCCGCCGUCACAUCUUCGGCAUCAACGUCACCGGCUCCACUGGCUCUGGGCGACCGACGGUGCUGACGAGGACCGAAGAGGACAAGCUGGUGGAAAUCCUCGCUUACCUCGCCCGCCAAGCAUUUCCACUGGACACCAGUGACAUCUGCGAUCUGGUCCAGCAGUUCCUGAACAACCUCGGCAGAGAGACGCAGUGGAAGGACAACAGGCCCACCCGCUUCUGGCUGUCACGUUUCAAGGCUCGUCACGCCGGUGUCCUCGCGUCGCGCAAACCGGAGAUCCUCACCAUCACUCGUGCCAAGUCUCUGACAGAGGAAGUGGUUGGCGCCUUCUCCAUCAAGUCCCGUGACGCCUACCUGAAGACGGCCAGCUGUGGUAAGGCGACAUACAGCGUCCUCUUCUGCGUGAACGCCACUGGAAACUACUUCCCACCCUUCGUCGUCUACAAGGCCAAACGUGAGCCCUUUGACUCGUGGAUGCGUGGCGGACCGCCAGGAACGGCCUAUGGGACGACACCGUCAGGCUGGAUGGAGGGCAACAUAUUCGAGAGCUGGUUCCAGACCAUCUUCGUCCCAGAGAUCACCAAGAAGCAUGAUGGUCAGCCCACAGUGCUCGUCUAUGACGGUCACGGAUCCCACAUGACGUAUCGGACAGCAGCGCUUGCGAAGGACAACAACAUCACGGUGGUAUGUCUUCCGCCACACACCAGUCACGCCAUCCAGCCUCUCGACGUCGCCGUGUUCAAGCCGGUCAAGGUCGCCUGGGCGCAAAUCCUGAAGCGGUGGCAGCGUGAGUCACGACUCGUCGCUGUCGACAAGUCGGUGUUCCCGACUCUCAUCUCCCAGCUGUGGAAGGAACUGGAUCCGGUCCACGCCGUGGCCGGAUUCCGCGGCUCGGGUCUGUUCCCAGUCGACGCUGAGAAGGUUCGCAGCCGGAUGGUGGGACCCGCGAGCACGUCACGUGAUGACAUCCUGUCACCUGAUGAGGCGCUCCAGGAUGCUGUACUCAGUGUUCUCAGUCCGGAACAGUCAAGUGAGACGAAGGCGGCCCUGGCCAACAAGACGAAACGCCGCAGCCGAGUUCAAAACAAGAGCGGCGAGGUCUUGACGUCAGAGUCUUCUCUGCAGAGGCUCGAGCUGGAGGCGGCGAAGCGCGCAGAGAAAGGGAAGAAGUCUCCGUCGUCACAGCAGGACAGGAAACUCUCCAAGAAACGCGAAGAGAAGGGAAAGAAGCGGUCUUCGUCGCACAAGAUCGAGAAGCCAUCCGCGAAGCGAAAAGUGACCAAACUGACGACUCGAUCGAAGUAG